GCAUGGCGGCGCGGCGGGUCGGCGGUGGCUGCUGGCAGCGGGCGCUGUGGCUGGGCCGGCGGUGCCGCCUCCCGGGCGGGCGGGAGAGCUACCGGAGCUCUUCAAGUAGUAGUGCUGUUGGGAAGACUGUGGACAAUUCACAAGUAACUCAAGAAGAAAUUGUGCUCCCCCGGAGGAAAACAUGGGAUAAGCUCGCCGUGCUCCAGACCUUGGCUUCCACUGUGAAAAGGGAUCCUACUGCUGCUCAUUACAUGUUCCAGGAUGACCCUUUCCUGAUGCCAAGAAAUGCAGCUAAUUCUCGUCUGUAUUCGCUGUCAAAGGAGUCUGGGAGAAAUGCUGCAAAAUACAUCAUAAAGAACUUUCCUCAGUAUUUUGACAAGACUUUUGCAGAGCCCAACGUACCAUGCCUGAUGCCUGAGACUCUCACACCUCGGACUGAAGGAGUGAGUGAGGAGGCUCUGAGGGAGCGCAUCCACCUCAGAAUGGUGAAAGAGUCUGUGGACAUGUUUGAUCAGCUUCUGCAGGCAGGUACCCCUGUAUCUCUGGAGACCACAAACAGCCUUCUAGAUUUGUUAUGCUUCUAUGGGGAUGGUGAACCUACUCCUGAAAAAGAGCAGGAAGAAAAAGAGGAUUUGGAAGAACCAGGGGUGAAUGAUUCAGAACAGAAAGCUCCAAAGAGACAAUUCCAAAGCAGUUCACAGUCAUCUGGCCCCAGAUGGAGGGAGGACAACCAUGCUGAAAGGAUAUUUAAGAUAAUGCCAGAGAGGAACGCACACUCCUAUUGCACGAUGAUCCGUGGGAUGGUGAAGCAUGGGGCUUAUUCUAAAGCUUAUGACAUGUACAUAGAGUUGCUGAAUGAAAGGCACAAGGCUGAUGUGCACGCCUUCAAUGCCCUGAUCAGAGCAGUCCCAUAUCUAAAGGAGAGGUUCGUAGAAAGAUGGGAAUUAGUCAAGGACUUCCUGACUCACAUGGCUCAACAGAACGUGCAACCAACUCUGCUGACUUUUAAUUCUGUACUGAAGAGUCUGAGAAGAUGUGGUGGUGUGGGCAGAACUAUGUCUUUGUUGGUAUUAAAGGAAAUGGAAGCACUUGAUAUAGAGCCCAGCCUCGCAUCGUACGAUCAUCUCCUCUCCGUGUAUUACAAAGGCGUUGAUGCUAAAUCAUCAGACAUCAUCUCUGAGGUGUUAAAUGAAGUAGAAAAGCGAAGUUUCACUGCCCAAGACCCUGAUGAUGCCAGCUUUUUUACCACGGCCAUGCAAGUGUGCUGUGAUCUGAAGGACAUCAAGCUUGCCUAUCAGUUAAAUAAGGCACUGGAGAAGGGAGACAACUGGAAAUUCUUGGAUGUGGAUCGGUUAAAUGGCUAUUGGUCAAAAUUCUUUUCAUUGUUGUGCAUGAUGGAACAAAUUGAGGUGGUGUUGAAGUGGUACAAAGAAAUGUCGUCUUCACUCUUCUAUCCAACUCCAAAAAAUAUAUUGGACCUCCUUCAAGCACUGGAUGCAGCCAACCAGUUGGAAGCGAUCCCUUCAGUCUGGGAAGAUGUGAAACAGCUGGGGUUUAGCAGGAGACAAGACCUGUUGGAAGAGUUCUUGUCUUUGAUGAGCAGGGACCAGCACCCCAGUGAGGUUCAACUGGCGUUUGCCAAGUGUGCUGAAGAAAUCAAAGCUGUCCAUGAGCCUGCUGGGCAGGGACAGGUCCCGUUGGAGUGGACAGGGAGUGCUCUGGGCCAUGUCGUGGUGCUGUUUUCCAGGGCUGGGAGGACCCAGGAUGCCUGGAAAAUGAUGGAGUGUUUCCAGAAAAUCAAUAGGAUUCCCACUGAAAUGGUGAUGGAUGAGUUCUUGAACUGUGCCAAGCAAACCAAUUGCCCAGAUGAGGCAAUUAAGAUGGUAAAGCUGGCAGCAUCCCUUGGGCUUCUUUCAUCUCAAAGGCUGAAAAGCAGAACGGAGGAGGAAUUUGAACUCUCUGAAACACAGAAGAAGGCACUGGAGAGUAUCAAGUGGGAUGGUGACAGCAGUGAUAGUGACAGUGACAGUGACAGCAGUGACAGUGACCGUGAGUAGCUGUCCCUCCUGCCUUCCUCUUGGGAAAAUGGCAGCAACGGUUGCCAUAUCAGGAGGCUUUGGAAGGACUGGGAUUACUGAAGGAAUGGCUUCUGGGAGCUGCUGCAGCACUGAUGAACCCUCAGUGCUCUGAUCUGGGACCUGCUCAGCAAGACACCAUCCUGAUGUGCCAGCUGGAAGCUGUUACAUCUUCUUGGUAAUGUGGAACACAGCUUGGGCGACCCCAGGUGUCCUCCCCAGCACCCCUGCAAGAGCUGGCUCCUGAUAAACAGCAUCACUGAGGGUGGAGGGCUGCAGCGAGAGGGGUGCUGUGCACCCUGGAGGCUGCUCAGGCAGGCACAAGACUCCCAGAGCUUGAGCAAGAAUUCUCCUGGGCCUCCUGUCACUCCACCCUGCACCAGAUGUAAUUCCUUUCCAUCUAACUUUGCUGAACUACUUAAAUGCCAUUUUUCUCUGGAUGUAAACACUGAAGUAAUGCUCGGCACCUGGGAUGUUAUUCCUCAUCGUUUGGUGUUUUGGGACAGGUGUUGGGAGUGCAGGUGUUAAAUUACACUGUCUCUAAUAAAUGGCUGACAUUAAGCUGGAUAUAUUCUAAUAAUGUUUGAGCAAAAACUGUGGUUGAACCAAGGUUUGCCUUUCUGGUAGAAAUACCUGGUUUUCUAGAACUAGAGCAGAGCAGCUGUGACGAGAAACCUACCAGAGCAGAAAUCCAGGACAGGAUCUGCUCUGACACCAGUUUUGAAAACACCCUGUACUCAAAGAUGGGGGUUUUUUUUGUUUGUUUUUGUUUUUUUUAAUGCUGUACAUUAAUAAAUCGCAUCAGUGAA